AUGGGUGCAACCAGACCGGCUAGUCCGUCAGUAACGACAUCGAUAAUGAAUUGGCAAGAUGAUGGGGACCUCGGCUCUCAAUCAUUUAUGCUACCACCGAACUCAACUCCAGAUACCUCCAAUCGAUACCAGAAGCCAGGUAGCUUUUAUAAGUCCUUAGAGCCUCCUCGAGCACCACGGCCAAGGCCAACUCCAAUGCAGUUUGAGGAUAUUCCUAUGGGCUACCAGUCCCCUGUUACAUCCUCGCAUUCUAUUUUUUCUCCCCGCGACAGAUUUCAGUAUAGUCGUACAGACUCUCGCGCCAAUCUCUUGAAUACGCCAAGUACAGUAUGGAGAAGCCCCCGAACACCACCCCCUUACUCUGGCGUGAUAUCCUCUCCUAGGAAAUGGUGGCAUUGGCGACCUACAUGGUUUAUGUAUCUGUCAUUCCUCUUUGGCGUUGCUUGCGCAAUUGGUCAUCACGUAUUUUAUGCGUCUUUGAACGGGAAGCCCGCCGUCGACCAGCUCGCUAUGCUUCGAUACGGUACGGUGAUUUCAUUCGCAGCUAAAGCUGGUCUUGUAGCAGCUGUAGUCAUUGCUUUCAAGCAAAGAAUAUGGGUUACUGUGAGGAGCAAAUUUCUGAGCUUGGCGGUUUUGGAUUCCUUAUUUGCUGCGGCAGAGGAUGCGUCGGCGCUGCUCAACAUUGAGAUAUACAAACAAGCUAAGAUAGCUAUGCUCUUAGCGGCGUUUGUAUGGCUGACACCUAUAUUGAUAAUAUUGACGAGCAAUACUUUAACUAUGGAAUUAGCUUUGAGCAUAGAGAACACGACGUGCUCAGGUAUCCGGACUUUAAAUUUUACGAAAGAUGAACUCGAGGAAUGGAGGAAUCCUACCAAGUCCGAUAAUCUAUACGGCUUGUCAAUGUCGAUAUGGAAUACGACUGCGUCUGAUAUUACCUCGCCGGACUGGUUCGAUUACUACACCAGCCCCAGCAACCCCUUAAUCCGAGUUGCAACUAAUGCGGCAUUCAUGGGGCAAGCGGUGAGUAAGAGUGGCAUUAACAUCGACAUAUGUAGCUCUGGCUGGAAUUGCACAUACACUAUUAACUUUACAGCGCCAGCGUAUAAGUGUUCUGAACUUGCCAGUGGUGUUGGAUCAGAGGUCAAGACGCUUGAAAACCAGAAGCCUCCGGACGGGUUCAGCACUAAACUCCUCGUCCCCGAAGGUGAUUAUAGCUACUAUGCCUACGCGAGCGGCGGCGAAUAUUCCACCCAACAAAUGAAAGAUACUAACCCCGGAGGCAUUCCGACUAUGGAGCCGCCGUUUCCAGAAGCUUUAGGAGCAUUCCGUACCGAACCUGUAAUAUGGAUAGGGUAUUCUGUGAAAACGAAUCCGAACGAAGUGGCGCCUCUCAACAGAUCGAUGCCAGGUUGGAGCGACGCCUUCAUUCCUAAGGUGAUCGGAUGCGAGCACUACGAGACUGAUUACACUGUCAUGUUUAACCUGACUAGCGGCCAGCAGGUUACAAAAGUGACUGAGCGUAAAUUCCAACGCCGUAUUAUUGAUACGACUUGGAUCCAAGGUACGGACGCAAACGAUGGUACAAACGACAAUACCACAGCGCGGCCGAAAAGCAAUUAUAUCUACCCAAGAAAUGUUCGUCAGUACCGCCGGGUUGCAGCAUUUCAUGCGAUAGGCUCUCAGCUGCGGGGAUUCCUGAACGGUACGAUGAACUCAGCACAGCUCAACAAUCCAAUUGGAAACACGAAGGCGGAUCAAACGAAGUUACUAAACCCUAGGAACGACUAUUUCGCGUUCCCAACCCUUGCGGAUUUAGUACAAGAGUUGUACGAAGACAUGAUACUUUCGUUAUUUUCAAAUAGGCAGUUUCUAAGCGUCGUAUGGGCAGCUAAGUCGGACGUGAUGUCCGGGACAGGCGCGGGAGACGAGUCAACCAAGUACCCGUGCGUCCGGUCCCGGCUUGAGAACAGAUACAACUAUCACUCACGAGACUUGUGGAUCGUAUACAGUAUUGCUAUUUUUCUGGCCGCGGCCGGGGUAGGGUCGGGCACUCUCGCGAUCCUAGAGAACGAGGGGGUGCUGCGCAGUACGCGCUUCUCCAGCAUCGUAGCAGCAACUCGAGGACCAGCAUUGGAAAAACUGGGCUGGGUUGGAGAAGAUAGGGGUAAUUUACCGCGAGACAUUAAAAACUUAAAGGUUGGCUACGGAAUUGUUCAUAGGAUGAGCGGCCUCGAGGUUCUACAAGAGGAUACACAAUAUCCCGAAAGACGGGUUUGGGAUGGCGGUGAUGUGCAUUAUGGAUUCGGAUUAGAAGGGGACGUCCAGCAAAGGAAUGAGGGUAGUUAG